AUGACGGAACCGACAAUUAUUCCUGCAAGUGAAAAACAUACAGCAACGAUUAUCUUCUUACAUGGCUUAGGUGACGUUGGAAAAACUUGGCAAGACGAAUUUCUUAUGUUUGCAACAACGAAAAACUUACCACAUGUUAAAUGUAUUUUUCCCACAGCCUCAAUUAUGAAAAUAUCGAAAAAUUAUGGCGAACUUAUGACUAGUUGGUUUGAUGUUUAUGGUUUUGAUACGAAUGCUACAGAAGAUCAAGCAAGUAUCGAAAAAGCAUCAGAAUUUUUAAAUAACAUGAUUGAAGAAGAAAUGAAAAAUGGCAUUUCAUCUGAACGUAUAAUUAUUGGAGGAUUUUCAAUGGGUGGUGCUGUGGCUCUUCAUACAGCAUUGGUGUCUGCUCAUAAAUUUGGCGGUAUUUUAGCUCUUUCAGCAUGGCUUCCUCUAUCAAGUACUUUUCCUCAAGCACUUGUAAAUGGAGAUAAAAAACUUGAUUUACCUAUUCUUCAUUGUCAUGGUAAUAAAGAUGAAAUAAUACAUAUUGAUCGGGCUCGAUUAAGUGAAGGCAAAUUUAAAUCAAUGGGUUUUAAAGACUACAAUUUCAAAGAGUACGAUGGAAUGGAACAUACGAAUUAUGAAGAAGAAAUGAAAGAUAUAGCUGCUUUUCUCGAACAACAUCUACCCAAAAGCAGCGAUUAG